AUGCGACAUAGAAGAAGACACACUGAAGAAGUGCCUUACGAAUGUGACGUUUGCAAGGAAAGAUUUGCAAAAAAAUCCUCUCUUACCCACCACAAAAAGCAACAUUUGUUGUGCAACACUUGCAGCAGAGAGAUUGUUCAACCACAAGAUUUGAAUGAACAUUUUUUCGUGUUUGAACACGAUGGAAAAUGUAGCUGCAGUAAAUGUGACAAACGAUGUAUUAAUUUCAUGAAAUUGGUACAACAUAUUGCCAGGCAACAUGGUAAUGAUGGAAACUAUCAAUGUGGUUUAUGUCAAGAACUUGGAUCAACAGAACCAACUGGUGUUGGAUACGUUUGUUGCGUGUGUGAUGUUAUGUUUGUUGUUCCCAGAGAACUUGAAGAUCACAUGGCCACUCAUGACACGAUGUCGGCUCAUAACGAAAUUAAGUAA